AUGGAAGCCGAAUACUUGAGGAGCGAGACCGCCUUUCUGGAAGAGUUGGUGUUUGGAAAUGGAGAUACCAUUGAACUUUCCUGUAACACCCAAGGCUCUUCUGUGUCUGUUUUCUGGUUUAAAGAUGGUAUUGGGAUUUCACCUACCAACAGAACUCAUAUUGGACAAAAACUGUUGAAGAUAAUCAAUGUGUCAUAUGAUGACUCAGGGCUGUACAGUUGCAAGCCAAGGCAUUCCAACGAAGUCCUGGGAAACUUUACAGUCAGAGUUACAGAUUCUCCUUCGUCGGGUGAUGAUGAAGAUGACGACGAUGAGUCAGAAGAUACAGGUGUCCCCUUCUGGACCCGGCCAGAUAAGAUGGAGAAGAAGCUGCUGGCAGUUCCCGCCGCCAACACCGUUCGCUUCCGAUGCCCAGCGGGUGGAAACCCAACUCCUUCCAUCUACUGGCUGAAAAACGGCAAAGAGUUCAAAGGGGAGCAUAGGAUUGGGGGCAUUAAGUUGCGACACCAGCAGUGGAGCCUGGUGAUGGAGAGUGUUGUGCCGUCAGAUCGAGGGAAUUACACCUGUGUUGUGGAGAACAAAUAUGGAAGCAUUAGGCACACGUACCAGCUUGAUGUAUUAGAAAGGUCACCCCACCGACCCAUCCUGCAAGCAGGGCUCCCUGCCAACCAGACCGUGGUGGUAGGGAGCAAUGUGGAGUUUCACUGCAAGGUCUACAGUGAUGCCCAGCCUCAUAUCCAGUGGCUGAAACACGUGGAAGUCAAUGGCAGCAAGUAUGGACCCGAUGGGACCCCAUAUGUCACGGUGCUGAAGACGGCAGGUGUUAACACAACGGAUAAGGAGCUAGAGAUUCUGUACUUGCGAAAUGUUACUUUUGAGGAUGCUGGGGAAUAUACUUGUCUCGCAGGGAAUUCUAUUGGGUUCUCACAUCACUCUGCUUGGCUGACGGUGCUACCAGCCGAGGAGCUCAUGGAAAUGGAUGAUUCAGGCUCAGUGUACACUGGCAUUCUCAGUUAUGGCACUGGCUUUUCUUUCCUUCUCCUGGUGCUGGUCUUGGUGAUUGUCUGGAGGAUGAAAAUGCCAAACAAAAAGGCCAUGAACACCCCCACUGUACAGAAAGUCUCCAAAUUUCCACUCAAGAGACAGGUGUCGCUGGAGUCCAACUCUUCCAUGAAUUCCAACACGCCCCUGGUCCGGAUCACGCGUCUCUCCUCCAGCGAUGGGCCAAUGCUGGCCAACGUUUCCGAGCUGGAACUGCCUCCAGAUCCCAAGUGGGAAUUGACACGUUCUCGCCUGACCUUGGGGAAGCCUCUUGGUGAGGGGUGUUUUGGCCAAGUGGUGAUGGCAGAAGCAAUUGGGAUUGAUAAGGACAAGCCCAACAAGGCCGUCACGGUUGCUGUCAAGAUGUUAAAAGAUGACGCCACAGACAAGGACCUUUCCGACCUGGUCUCUGAGAUGGAAAUGAUGAAAAUGAUUGGAAAGCACAAAAACAUUAUUAACCUCCUCGGUGCCUGCACACAGGAUGGACCACUCUAUGUGUUGGUGGAAUAUGCGUCAAAGGGGAACUUGCGGGAAUACCUCAGGGCGCGUCGCCCACCUGGCAUGGACUAUUCCUUCGACACCUGCAAGCUGCCCGAGGAGCAGCUGACAUUUAAGGACCUGGUUUCCUGCGCCUACCAGGUGGCACGGGGCAUGGAGUACUUGGCAUCUCAGAAAUGCAUUCAUCGCGACUUGGCAGCCAGGAACGUGUUAGUCACUGAAGAUAAUGUGAUGAAAAUAGCUGAUUUUGGCCUCGCUAGAGACGUUCACAACAUUGACUAUUACAAGAAAACCACCAAUGGUCGGCUGCCUGUGAAAUGGAUGGCUCCAGAAGCCUUGUUUGACCGGGUCUAUACGCACCAGAGCGAUGUCUGGUCCUUUGGAGUGCUACUAUGGGAGAUCUUCACUUUGGGAGGGUCUCCAUACCCGGGAAUUCCUGUUGAGGAACUCUUCAAGCUCUUGAAGGAAGGCCAUCGGAUGGACAAACCUGCGAACUGCACCCAUGAUUUGUACAUGAUCAUGCGGGAGUGCUGGCACGCCGUCCCCUCGCAGCGACCCACCUUCAAGCAGCUGGUGGAAGACCUGGACAGAGUCCUCACCGUGACGUCCACCGAUGAGUACCUGGACCUC